AUGCAGACUGCUUCUACAAACAUUUGUGAAAGACUGUGCAAUAAGUCCAUCCGUGAAAUGUCCUUGCUACUAAAUAUUCCACUGACAACUGUUAGUGGUUUUAUAACAAAGUGGAAGCAACUGGGAACAACAGCAACUCAGCCCCAAAGUGGUAGGCCACGUGAAAUGACAGCGGGGUCAGCACAUGCUGAAGCACACAGUGCGCAGAAGUCACCAACUGUCUGCAGAAUCAAUAACUAAAGACCUCCAAACUUCGUGUUGCCUUCAGAUUAGCACAACAACAGUGCGUAGACAGCUUCAUGAAAUGGGUUGCCAUGGCCAAGCAGCUGCAUCCAUGUCUUACAUCACCAAAGUUUAAU